UCGCGAGAUCUCCCCCAGGGGGCGCGGAGCUGGCGAGCAGGACGCGGCGGGCGGUGCUCCCUUGGCUGCUCCGUGUCCAGUCGGCGGAGCCCGCCGAGCCCAGGUCUUCCACUUCCGCCGGCCGCUGCAAGGAGCGGAGCCCAAAGAAGUCGGCGGCCGCCCCGCAGCCGCGCGUCCUCCUCUCCCGUCCUCGCCUUCCCUCGGAUUCAAGCCGGCGAUCCCAGGCUCCGCUCUGCCGAGCCCGCAGCCCACGCCGCGGCCGACAUGAGCUUCUUGUUUGGUAGCCGCUCUUCGAAAACCUUUAAACCAAAGAAGAACAUCCCAGAGGGUUCUCACCAGUAUGAGCUCUUAAAACAUGCAGAAGCCACACUUGGCAGUGGCAACCUGCGGAUGGCCGUCAUGCUUCCUGAGGGAGAGGACCUGAAUGAGUGGGUUGCAGUUAACACUGUGGACUUUUUCAAUCAAAUCAAUAUGCUUUAUGGAACCAUCACAGACUUCUGUACAGAGGAGAGUUGUCCGGUGAUGUCAGCUGGACCAAAAUAUGAAUAUCAUUGGGCAGAUGGAACAAACAUAAAAAAGCCUAUCAAGUGCUCUGCACCAAAGUAUAUUGAUUACCUGAUGACCUGGGUUCAGGACCAGCUGGAUGAUGAAACAUUAUUCCCAUCAAAAAUUGGUGUUCCAUUCCCGAAGAAUUUCAUGUCCGUGGCAAAAACAAUUCUCAAACGACUCUUUAGAGUUUAUGCUCACAUUUAUCACCAACAUUUUGACCCUGUGAUCCAGCUUCAGGAGGAAGCACAUCUCAAUACAUCUUUCAAGCACUUUAUUUUUUUUUAUCAGGAGUUCAACCUUAUUGACAGAAGAGAACUCGCACCACUCCAAGAGCUGAUUGAAAAACUCACCUCCAAGGACAGAUAAAAGGAUGAAAGCCGUUAAUUCUUCUCCAGUGGAGCUGUGUGAGGGGUUUAUUUGGGCUUUGUUGUAUUUUGUUUUUAUCUGAAUUGUUUGUGUUUUAGGUUUGGGGGCUUGCUUGGGUUCCCUUUUCUCUUCUGAAUAUAUAAAAUUAUAUUUUGUUGCUAGAGGAAGCCAAGAACCAUUCUCUACCUUUGAAAGGGGCAAAUUUUAUCUUAGUGGUGUACAGUAUUUUUUUUUUUUUUUUUUUUUUUUUUAUUAACCUGGUUUUGGUUACUUGAGGACUUUUUAUGAUAUUGUACUCUGGACACAAAUACUCACUGAUUGAAUUGCCGAUGGGUUGGAUUCUGUGUUGUGUACAUUGUGGCCCUCUUUGAAGUCCCUAAGACAGACUUCCAUGUUUUUAAGUGCCUUGGUAGGCUCACUUCUGAAGUGCAGAGCACAGAUAGAGGACUGAGCAGAGCUUGAAACAAUAUUAGAAUUUCUAUCUAGGGCACUUACUUGUGCAUGUUGUAAAGUAAUCUGUUAUAAAAGCCAUAGUUUACUCAAGUUGAUGAUGUCCAGCUUUUACUACAUUGAAAAAACAUAAUUUGUAAAGUUGUGCACAUAGAACAUAAAUGUAAGACAACAAAAAUUAUUUCUUAAUUAUUUUUGACAUAAUUUGUAAAGGUGUGCAUGUAGAACAUAAAUGUGAAACAACAAAAUUCUUAAUUAUUUUUGAUAUUGACUAAUAUAUUCUGUUCAACAGAUGUUUAAAGUUCUACAAGCUGGUCUUUUCCAUCUCUCAAUAUCUGUGAUAUUGAAAUUUGAGGAUGUUGAAAUGUAAUAGUUAUUGCAUUUCUGCUUCUUUCUACAUGUUAAGUGCACUGUAAGUGUAAAACUUCAGGUUAUUUAUGGAAUUGCCACCUUGAGAAAGGAUGCUGAACUGUGAGGUUUCCUAGCAGUUGCCAAAUGAGCCAUAAGUGCAGAACCCCCUUGUACAUCAAAGAGGAAGGAAAGUGAGAAUGGUUAGUGGCAGGCAUUAAUUAGUUGGUUUGGGAAAUCAAAAGAGAAAGGAUUAAGUAUGGGGAGUCAGAUUCUAGAAAGUCCUGUUUUAAAACCCUGGAAUAGAAUGGUGUUUAUUACUUAGAAACAGUCUUGAAGACUUCCUUUUAGAAGCCAGCUUCCAUGAGAAGUUAAAAAUACUUAGUUUUAGGUACAGACAUUCAACAUGGAAUUUAAUGACUAUUUGGGGGAAAUUAAUCACUUUUUAGCAUUUCCAUUCAGUGAAUGGAGCUGAUAUUUGCCUGUCAUUUUAAAUGAUAUACUACUUGACUAUUGGUGCAGUUUGAAGCAUCCUGACUUAUUUUUCCACUGUGAAAUCAAGUAAUAAAAAUACUAGCUCGGUAGUUAAUAACUUUUAAAUUUCAGUUGACACGACAUUCUGUUGAAUUGUCAUCAUCAAUCACAAGAUCGGGGAUUUGGUUUUUAGAAUUAAUAUUGAGGUUUCCCAUCGGUUUUGUUCUUGAGAAAUGCACUUCUCAGUCUCUGAGUUUUAAUUUUUUAAUUUUGUCAGUUUGGAUAAAUUGUUUCCCUCAAUUUUCAUUCUCUUUGUGUGUGUGUGUGUGUGUAGUUAGAGACACAUACCUUUCUCCUAGUAAAAUAGAAGUGCUUGCUGUGAAUUUGUAUGCAUAUACUUAGUGAAAAAGAGACUAAAAUGAAGUAAAUUUGAUUUUAUCAUUAACAAGUGAACAGUGAUAGAAUUGAAUACCCUUGCAGUUACGACCGCUAGGAACUGCCUUUUUCUCCACUUCAUUUCUGCGAUGGUGAUCGCUCACUAAGUACCAAUAAUAAAAGGAAGAAAAGUGCUUGGAAAAGGUAGAUGAUACUGGGCAUUUAUUAGUAGUGCUUAUUUAUGAACUGACAGCUAACUGAUUUCCUUAAAGUAAUUUGUUUAGUAUCUAAAUAGGUAAUAUCAAGCAUUGUGAGCUGCUUUAGAAUUCUGAUGUUUGAGUCCUUUCUGUACAGGAAAUGAAGCACAUAAUUGCUCACUGAAAGUCUUCCAUAGUGUAUUUGACUUCAUAUCACCCCAAUAACAAGGGGCUUCCAUAGCAGCAGCAUGGAGAGAGAAGAGUGAGAGGUUAUUUCUGGUCCUUUAAGCCUUACAUACAGUACUCUGUAAGAAUGGCAGACUAUUCCUAGAAGCUAGUGGUGGGUAGUAGGACUUAGCUUCCCACUACUCUAGGUAGGAGUUAUUUUCCCUGUGCCAGAAUCUCAGGUGCCAUGGUUCCAAAUAGUCCCUCAAUUUAAGGAGGGGUGUGUGUGCGUGUGCAUGUGCGUGCGUGCGUGCGUAGAAAGAGUAGAAGUUCUGGGGAAAGCCUGGCAUGUGUACCUGGUGGAAGUUGGCUAUAAGUAAGGAAACACUAGAACACAAGAGAAAGUCGUCAGUUUAAUAAAAACUUUCUCUGAAAGUAAAAUGCCCUUUUAUAAAAUAAGGAUGAAAGUUUAUUUUUCAGGAGAGCUUGCUUAUAAUGUCUGUUAGAUUCUUUUCAGAUCUGUUAAUUUAUAAAUAAUUAUCUCCCAUUUCUUUUUUUUGAGACUCAGUCCC